AUGUCCGACUCUGAGGGCGAUUUCUCCGAUGAGCUACUGGAACUUGCAGGCGCCACAGAGAAGAAGCGUAAACGCCGUCAGAACGCGGGGCUGAAAGUGGGCAAACGGCGCAAGGCAGAUGUCUCUGAUGACUCGGAAGACGCGCCGGAGAGUGAGGAGGACGACAUCAAAUUGAACCCAUAUCCGCUCGAGGGAAAAUAUAAGGAUGAGGCGGAUCGGGACCACUUGCUUGAAUUGACUGAAAUGGAGCGCGAGGAGAUUCUUGCGUCGCGCCUCGAAGAACUGCAGCGCAUACAGGACAAGAGGAGCCUUGAGGCGCUCGUGAAGGCGCAGAAGAGUGGUGCCGCAGAAGAUGCCAAAUCAUCUGGUACAGGGCAACAUGCUGUACGCGGCGCCACGAAAGAAAAAUCACGGAAACUGGACGAGCUCAAGGCGAAACGGAGAGCCAAGGACGACAAAAAACGCACCAAACCUGGUUCCCCUAAGCGAGACCGUUCCGCCUCUCCUACUGACAUGGAAAUGUCCUCGUCCGAUGACGAAGACGGCCAAAUUACCAAGCUUGAUGAGGCAGAAGAACGACGUCGCCGGUUUUACCGGGAUUAUGGUCCCAGCAAGAAGAAGAAGGAAGAUGACGACGACGACGAGCUUACCCGGCUGGACUUGGCGAUAUGUAGAGUUACGCGGGAUAUGAUCGCGAAGCAUUGCAUGGCGCCGUGGUUCGAAGAUUGGAUCACAGGCAGCUGGGUUCGAUAUCUCAUUGGCCAAGAAAACGGCCUCCCAAUAUAUCGUAUAUGUGAAGUGCAGAAUCUUGGGGCUGACCUGGUGAAACCUUACAGAGUGAACGAUGUCCCGGUCAAUCAGUCCAUUGAGCUGAAACACGGCAAAUCAACGAAGACGUGGACGAUGGACAAAGUAUCAAAUGCUGAUUGGAAUGAUCGAGAAUUUGAUCGCCUUGUCGCAGUUUGUAAAGCCGAGGGAGUAAAGCUGCCCCGGAAGCGGGAUCUGGAGAAGAAACAUGCUCAGAUGAAGAAGCUCGUCGAGCAACCUGUCACGGAGGCUCGUUCUGCCGCAUCAGCCUUCAAGUCGUAUGCUGACUUGCACUCACAGCUUGACCUGGCGAAAGAACUGGCUAAGCGGCGCGCCCUUCAAGCGCUCAUCGGUGGGGGUGCACCUACCUCAGGCACUUCGCUCGCUCUGGAGAAAUCUCGCCUAAACGCUGCGCGCACGGUAGCGUAUAAUCGCCAAGACUGGGAUGAGUGCGCCAGCAUAGAAGCCGAGUUGAGCGCCCUCAACGCUCAAUCCAACCCUUCACCGACCAAGGCCAAAUCGGGGGAUCCGGCCGUUGAUGGCGGUGCGAAUGGUAAUCCGGAAGCGGCGAAAGAGAGCGAGAGGGAUAAGCUCGCGAGGGUCAACGAGAGGAACCGUAGGGCGAAUAUGGAAGCGGUGAGGAAGGCAGAGAUCGCAGAAGCGGAGAAGAAGCGACUGAAGAGGAAGCUGGGACUUGGGACGCCUGGGGCCGGAACGCCUGGGGCUGGAACCCCCGGGACAAUGUCGCCUUCCAGACCUGGAACGCCUGCCCAAUUGCACUCUCGGAGCAACGGCACUUCGACGCCAAAGCUUGAGCCGAUUCCGCCAUCCGUACUCACCGGUGCUUUGAGUCAAGCUUCCGACGGCACCAAUGAUCUUGAGAAGAGCGUGGUGGAGAGUUUAGAUGUUGAUCUGGGCGAUUUCUAA